AUGGAGGUCUCUUUCGAAUUCAGUGCCUGGAUCAUCAACUUUUAUUACGCCAGCUGGCUCAACGAGACAAGUUGGGAUGAGCCGGAAGCUGAUUCGCCUAAAUUUGACGAUUGCGAACCUCCUCUGCUUCUGUCGCCAACCUUGGUUAUCUGGCUAGUCCUUGUGCCAGCCCUCGCAAGCGCUGCCCAGCUCCCUGGAUCUCUUCUAUAUCAUGGCCACUCCACCCUUUAUCGCCUGUCGCCAAUCUCCGGUCUAGCUGACUGCUUUACCACAUACACGUUGGUAGGGAAAGCGUUGGCUAAGGGGCAUUCUUGGCGACAGUCCAUCGUUGGAGUCCUUCUCUUGAGACAAGGGAUAGGACACAACGACCUUUGGUGGAGGAAAUUCAACCUUUAUGGAAAGACACGCAGCGAGGGGUCUGUCUGCACAUCGGAUGCCGGAGAUGAAGACGAAACUGCCACUCUCGCACCUACAGAGUCAUCAGACGACUGGCUCAACCACGACACCGAGGAAUUACAUCUCAGACUCGCACUCGCUCGAACCACAGAGCCAAUUACCCCUGAAAGAAUAGCCGGGUCUAUUCUCGUGCUUUUCUUGUUCGUUCAAGCCGUUGCCUUUGUUGUGCUGGUUCCUACCGUGUCAUUCUUGACGGCGUCUGCCAUACUUGGUUUGGUAUAUACUGGCAGCCUUUGCAUGUUCGAAAUGUUAGUUUGGAGCAUGGCACUCAGCGCAUCUAUGCAUUCCAUUGCUGAGAUGCCCUGGGGAAAUGCGAUCGAACUUCUUUGUACCUUGGACCCUGGGGAUGGUCCCCUUUCCCUCACUCAAGACACAACGGGUAGCCAAGAAUUGAACUCAGACAUCGAGCUCGAGUCUUGUCACUCCCAGGAUAUGAACGACAGCCAGUAUACCAAGCCAAGGAUGCAGGGGACCCCAGCUUGGGGUAUAGAGACCAAGCUGAUAUCAGGCCUCUUUGGGCUGAUCGAAGCUUCUGCUUGGAUCGUAAUCACCUAUGCGGCGUGGAAGGUGAAGCCCCGGCUUUUGUUCCCGGCGGCGGCAACAGCAAUCUUGAUCAACCUGGGUCUGAUGAUAAAUUGCCUGUUUCCUAGGAUCGUGGAUGUGCGAUUGGGGAUAAUCCGGCGGUUAGAUCUAUCCGACCAGGAAACAAACACUGCGGUCCGCGUUGGCAUCGCCGCUCUUCGCUGGCUGCUUACGAAAGCCACAAUAGCCAACUUCAUUGCUGUUGCAUGGCUUGGGCUAAUGGUUGCCAUAUUUAUCUUGGGGAAGGCUGAAGGAUGGCCUGUAGACGAAGGCAAGGAGCCCACUACGCUGCCACAAUGGUUGGUUGGGCUGGCUGGUUCAUGA